AUGGAUGUCAUCCCAGUGCUAAGGAAUGCGUUAGAGGUUCGUAUCGUUCCCGGAAAAGGUCGCGGCGUGUUUACACUUGCAAAAAUACCAUGUCAGCAAUGUAUCGAAAUAAGUCCGGUUAUCGUAUUUAGCGAAGAUGAAUACGCAAAACACGGUCAAUACACCGUUCUAAAUGAAUUUACGUACUUUUGGAAAGGAAAAAACCAAGCUCUCGCACUGGGAUUGGGAAGCUUAUUUAAUCAUUCACGCAAUCCCAAUGUUUGCUGGAUAAAAGACGAGGAUGCCCAGGUUAUUCGAUACUACACAAUUCGCGACAUUCAAUCUGAUGAGGAGCUAUGUAUUUCUUAUGGUAAUCACGUUUGGUUUGAAGAAGUCGACGAGCAUGUCAAUUCAUCCGAACCUGAAGACGAUGAGAACUUUCUGCUAGCAAUCGAAAACUAAAAAGAUGCAAAAAAUAAAGGAAAGGCGAAAAAUAGACAGUGUGAUCUUUUACACAGUAAUAAUAAAAAGAACGAGCGAAUGUGAUGUGAGAGAAUGUAAAGGCUAUUACAAACGAGUAUAACAACGAAAUGGAAGAUGUUUUCCAUGGACACAGCAAAUGCUUGAACUCCCACAGGUGACAAAAUGAUCAGUAAACUUAAUGUUCGGAUUCAUUAAUUGCUUUUUCUUUUUUUUUUAAAAAAAUGACCCACAGGAAUACCAUCAAACACACUUAGUUUAUCUUCGUCAAGAGAGCCAAGCAUGUAAAUAAGAGCCCUGGCAUUCCGCGGUAAGCAAAUGCACAUUAAUACGGCACAUGACUUUAAAAAUCCUUUCCAAGAACAAACUAGAGAGAUAAAUAUCGUUAAAAGAGAGUGAUGCUUGUGUUUUUCAUUUUUAGGAUUCUUUUAUUCAAA